AUGCCGCUCAAUAUAUUUAACCCCGUUUCAACCACAACAACGAUUUAUCUUCUGUUUUUGGUGAGUCUGGUGUCGGCUAACGCCUACUGCAGUACUUGCCGAGGUACGACAUCCUUUCGAUCGCUACCAAAAUCGUUUCAGAAAGAAAUGAGCUUCUCGGGCACGCUUGCCGAAUGUUCACCGCUAUUUGCCUCGUUGUCAUGGUUUUCAACGCGAUGGUCAUGAUGGUGCCUUGUAGAUCAAUAUUUUAAUUUUUGCGGUUUUAUUUAAGGGAAUAUCAGGAUACUUGAAAUGUGUCGAAUAUUUUAUUCUCGAAUGGUUGACCAAAUGCAAGAUUCAAUUUCUAUGUAGACUAAAAAUUUAGUCUGUUCAGAUUUUGAAUGUCAAGCAAAAUCGGCCCCCGAAAACGCUCUCUGAUUGAUUUGAUCUACGCAUAAGGGGCGGAGUUUGAGCGGUGACUUGACAUUCAAGAUCUGAACAGACUAUAUUAGGGUUACUGCUAUACAGACUGACAACUAAAAUGAAUGUUGGAGAUGAUCUGAUCAAACAUAGAAUUCGAUGGACGAAAGCGAAUGUUCAGAUGAACGUUUGGAGCAUUUUCAGCAGGCUGAAAGAAUUGAAUUUGAAUACUGGGACCAAGAUAAAACGAUCGUUGAUUCGCACGAGAACGAUGAGGAUCCAAAUCUCGUUCCAAAUGAUAAAAAAGACAAAGUAAGUUGAAGAAAGAAGAUAAUAUAAAAUGUGAAAAUAGAGUCGGGAUUUUCGAGUUUUUGUUUGAAUAUUAAUAUUUUCCUAUGAACAAUGGCCCAUAGGUCAUAGCUUUUUUCAAAAAUUUCAAACUUUCUCUGAGUUUUAAAAGCUCUACGAUAUAUUUGAAAGGCGGCGAUUUUUGAUAUUUAAGAUGGAAAAGAGUGUGAGAGGGUUGAGGAGCUCAGGAGUGAAAAAAUCGGAAGAAAAAAUGGAGAAUCUCAACAAAACGAGCCUGAUAACCAAGACCGGUCCCGCGAAUACCAAGUCAAUGUACGAGGUAGAAUCUCUUCUUUGAAGCUGUCAGUAAGCUGCAUCAAAACCAAUUCAGAGAGAAGAACCAGCGGAAAUUGUGAACUUGCCGAGGCCUCCAGCCAACUUCCACGAAGACGCUCUCGACAAGCAAGAAAAGAUGCUCUCCGAUUUACACGAAGAUUUCUAG